UAGGUUGAUUGUUUUCAUGAAACGCUGAACGUUAUAUACAUACAAUGUUAGUAAAGUUUUUUCAUGUAAACAAUCUAAAUAACGGAGUCACUUUAAGUGAUGUUUACUACGCGGAUGUUUCAGCCUAUGAAUAAAAUAUACUCGUGAAUCACAAAUACACAAGGGAAUAAACGCCAUAACGUUGUUUAACAAGUGCUGAAUUAUAAAUAAACACUAAAAGCUAUGCAUGGUAUAGCCAACCCUUAUUGCUUUAAUGAGUAUUCCCGUAUGUUGAGUGAGAGAGUGCAGCUUACCACUUAUUUAAGUGCAGACGCUAAUCGUCGGAAAGAUGCGGCAUACUAAAGUUGUUCGGUGACUUACUGGAGUUUUACAUUGCCACAUGUUUGAUUACCGGCAGGCAUCUGUGCGAACAUCAAUGGCCCUAGAGUCAAAUGCUUGGCUCUCGUCCAACAGUACAGCUGCAGGUACAACAGCAAGGGAACAGCAACAGCAACAGCAACAACAACAACAACAACAGCAGCAGCAGCAGCAACAGCAGCAGCAGCCACCGCCACCACCGCCACCUCCUCCACAGCAUACAGCUGUUGUAAAGACACGUGAUGAUCAGCUUGGUCAAGUUCCACAGCAUGGUAGCCAGAAUUUCAUUGGAGCAGAUGAUAAUCAGCAAAGAAGUUUGCUGAAAAUACCAUCAUCAGUUGUUGGCAAAUGUUCCAUGUUCACACAGACUGAACACACAAACAGGUUCACACAGACAGAACAUCCAGCUGCCAGGUAUGGUGGCAUUUGUCUAGAAAACGGCAGUAACGGAGGUAACUGUAAAGCAGAUUCAUCUACCAUGUUUGACCCAGCAGGUAUGCAGCAGCAGGGCGCCAGUUCACAGAUGUAUAGUGCUUCAGCUGAUAAAAAUAAGGAUCCUGAGAAAACAUCUAGCAGUGCAUCAGCGGAUUUCCCUUUCUGCUACAACGUGAACAUGCUUCAGAAAGUCCACCAACAGAGCAAUUCAGCUGUACCUGUUGGAGGAAUAAGUGGUGAUGACAAAGGCUGCUAUAGAUUUGAUGUAGCUCAACCAUUUGGAUACAAUUAUGCAUUAGUUAAUCAGAUGUCUUUGGCAGCUGCUGCAUCAACUGCAACAUUUAAGUGUGAUGUUUGUGGUUUAGUGUUUGCUCAUCUCUCUCUCUUAAAUCAUCAUAAAAGGAUACAUAACACAACUAAUAUGCUGGCAACUGGAGCUCAAAAUGCUGCAGAAAGUGAACGCCAGUUUACUUGUGAUAUGUGUGGUGUGAGUUUUAGUUUAGCAGGGGAACUUAAGAGCCACAAGAAUGGAGUUCAUGGGAAAGCUAAUCAGAAUCAGCAGCACAUAGGAAGUAAGUGCUGCGAGUCUUGUGGUGUUGAAUUAGCUUGUGAACAUAACGGUGGUAAUUUGGUGAAAGGUAAGAAGAAUGGAAAGUUUGUGAAAUGUGAAUCAUGUCAAGAAAUGAUGUCAGGCAGCAGUUCAGGUUCUGGUUCCACUCCUGUGUACAGCAAUAGCAGUGGUUCGGGGAGUGAGAGUGGUGGUACCAACAAUGCUGCAAAUAAUACAAAUCUGGGUGAGAUUAAACCUGGGCAUCAUCCAGUGAAACGUAGAGGUGUGGCCAGUGUUACAAAAUGUCAUAAAUGUAAUGGAUCUGGCAUCAUUUUCAUUGGUGGGCCUCGUAAUGCAACAGCUGUUGACAAACCCUUCCACUGUAAUGUUUGUGAUGGAACAUUUUCAAGAUAUUCUAGUUUGUGGAGCCACAAAAGAUUACAUAGUGGCGAUAAACCUUUUAAGUGUGAAAUCUGUGGUCUCGCAUUUGCGAAAGCGGCAUACCUGAAAAACCAUGCUCGUGUGCACACGGGAGAAAAACCUUUCAAGUGUGCCGUUUGCGGGAUGCAAUUCUCACAGUCCCCACACUUGAAGAACCAUGAGAGGAUACAUUCGGGUGAACGUCCGUACCAGUGUGAAGUGUGCGACAAGACAUUUGCCCGCCAUUCGACACUAUGGAAUCACAGACGUAUUCACACCGGUGAGAAACCUUACCGAUGUGAAGUCUGCGGCUCUGCAUUCAAUCAAGCUACCCACCUAAAAAAUCAUGCCAAGGUCCAUACUGGUGAGAAACCACACCGAUGCGACAUUUGUGAGGUUGGCUUUUCUGACAGAUUCGCUCUGAAGCGCCACCGUGGUAUACAUGAAAAGUAUGGAAGAACGUCUGUUAGUGCUUCAAAUAAUCCAACUGGAAAUGUGCAGAACAGUCAGGUACCUCCAAAUACUUCAAAUGUGAAUGUUACUAGUGUUAAUGUAAAUUCUGUUUCUAAUGUAAAUGCUGUGAAUGUUAACAAUGUUAAUAACAGAAAUGGGUCAAACCCAAAUUCAGCUUCAAAUAAUUCACAAGCUGGCAUAGACGACCUAUACAAAUGUGAGGUUGGAGGGCCAGUGGCAUUUCCUGGUUGUUCCAGGCCCCAUGAUGAGAAACAGUGAAAGGGAGAGUGCCCUUGCAUGUAACCCUAUUGUAAAUAACAGUAUUGAGACAGUCACAGUCUAUAAUGUGUAAUUAUGAAGGUUACAUAUAUGUCCACUAGCAUUUUCUGAACUGUGAUUUUCUCAGUAGAGCACUAGGAUUGCUGCUAGAGAUCCCUUUCUUUUCGGGGUGAUUGGGGAUUGUAGCUUGAUCUGUUUAGUAUGUAUUGUCACCAUUAUUAGGCAGCCUUCAGGAGUUACUCAUGGUUCAUGAUCCCUUUGAGAUGGCAGAACAUUUAAUUUGUGCUUCCACUGUUCACAAUGAGGUGCUACUAACAAACUUUGAUGCUUGUGCCUCAGCCAACCUGGUCCUUGGCAAAACCACAUAACAUAAUAUACUGUGUGGAAGACUACAUGAAUGGUUCCCCAUUAAAAUAUCUUCUGAUAAAAAAUAGUGUACCACAUUGUGUCACACAGCUAUCGACCCUGUUAGUACUCCAUGAAUUUAUUGGUUCCAGCGUAUUGCCUGAGAGUGGUGCAAGGCACAUUUGCUUCCAGAAAUGUGAUACAAAUGCUCACUGUCAUUGGUCAACAAGAUAAAUAAAGAUAUGAAGAUGGUAUCUGUUCUUUCGGACAUUUCUGAAAGAAUAGAUACCAUCGGUGA